AUGAACAAAGUGCCCAUUAUCCGAGGCGAAGUGCCUGAUUUACAAUUUUUCGAGGAUUUCGUGUCCCAAAACACGGUAAACGCACGGACGAUCAAAUGUUCGCCGCCGGGCAUCGAGUUGGAACGGUUUGCCGCCGUGUGUAGCUUUGAAGGGGCGCCUUUCAGUGUGCGGCAAUUCAUAGCCUCUUUCGUGUCGGAUAUUGGCAACGGGAACUCCAGUGUUGCACAAAAGCACGUAGCUAUCGACAGCAUUCUUAAGGUCGUGCAUGAAAAUAUAAAAUUUUUCGAAACUCUGGAGCACUAUGUGUGGCUAGCGAGACUUACCGUUGCAGCGGAGCUGUUGCUUAAUAUUCCACAACGUACUGACGCCGCCCGGAAGCGCUUAUGCAAGGCCCUGGAAUCCAUGCGACUGGAUGCUUUCAAUCAUUCUCCGGCCUGCGUUCAUCACGUGGCCAAAGCACUGGUUGAAGACAUUCCACUCGAUUCCGGGCUAAAUCUGUUGCACGCAAUUAAAAAGCUAGCCAUAUACGACUCCCAGCUACUGUACUACGUGGCAGUGGCACUGCUGUUCGCCGGAUUAGACGUGACCAUGAAACCCAAAACAGCCCGGCUCGAUUCGUACGGUGUGCGGGAUGUGAACGAACUUCUGAGCUACCUAAAUGAGUUUAACCUACUCAAUAUUCAGGAGCGGCAUGAUGAUUUACAAAAUAUUUACAACACUCUGAAGCUGUUCAGUUUGUACGAAAAUAUGAUCCUAUUGCGAGAGUACAAUGAGCAGGACAAAGAGCUGGAGCGUGAGCAUAAAAUCUACGCUGACUGUUUCCGGGUCAACGUAAAACAGCGGAACACAUUCCGUCAUUGGCUCGACAGAUCCCGCUCAAUGGUUCACGUGUUUGGAAACGAUCGGUUCGAUGUGAAUUAUUUAUUGCUGUCCGAUGUCAUUGAAAACGAAAUGCGUCCCCUGUUCGAUGAUUUCUGUGUGCCGGAGGAACUAUGAUGUGGAAACACUGCUACAACUGCCCCAAUAUUCUGAACUGUGUGAAUAAAACAUUCG